CUCAAGUGACACUCCCACGAACCCACCAGCCAAAAAAAAAAAAAAUACACGGAAGAUAGAAAGAGAAGCACAAAUGGAAGGAAAAAAAGGGGAACUUUAGAGGGAGAAAGAUAGUCCUCCUACUUUAGUGAGAGAAACAGAGGGCGAGGGAGAGAAAGAGAGAGAGAGACAGUAACCGGUUCAUUUUGAGAGAGACAGAUAUUGGGGGGGAGAGAGAAGGGGACAGUGUGAGAGUGUGUGUGAGAUAUUUGCCCAGAGAGAGAGAGAGCGAGAGGGGGAGGAAGAGAGAGAAAGUACUGCUGCUAGUAACAAAGUCUUGUCCUUUUGAUUCACCACACCCAUGUUAUUGUUAUUGGUGUUGCUGUUGUCCCCUAAUCUUCCUCAGAUUUCUUCCUUUGCUCCCUCUUCACUCUAUUCGUCUUCUUCGUUUUCGUCUUCUACUUCUUGAGGUAUGUACUUAAUUCUUGUUUUCUCUUUCACUCUUCUUCUUCUUCUUCUCACUUUCUUUUUGUGCCUACACUCUGUUUUAAUGGCGGUCGUCAUAUUUUUGGGUCCAAACUGUGCUUCUCUGCUUAGAUCUCUCCCAUUUACUUGUGUGUACCCUAAAUGGCGACCUGGGUCUGUCUCGUUUUCUGAAGUUUUCUCUCUUUUGGUUCCCUUGGCCCAAAAUCCUUGUGCUCGGUUUCCGGCGCAAUCUCAAACUAAUGGUUAAGGGUUUGGAUGCUCAUUUUGGUCGCUCUAAGUGCGCUGGAUCUUUUUCUUGUUUCUGUUCCUCUGGCACGCUUCUAAGCUCCACUAUUGGAUGAGAUCUUGGAAAUUCUAAUUCCUAAUUUGCUCUAGAUCUUGUUUAGUUGUGCAUAAUGUUGAUAUGGGUUGGUUCACUUCUCUCAGAUGGGACAAGUUCAAUUUGAAUCUAUGGGUAAUGGGUAUGUCUAAAUACUGCUAUUUCUAGCUGAUUCUUACUUGGGAUGCAACCAUCAGCUCUGUCACUUUAUCUGCUCCGAGGUUUUGAUGAACUGCCUGCCGCUCUGAGUUGUGAAUAAAUUGCUAGAAUGCUGUGAUUAUAAGAACAUUCAAGGAGUUCUUUGAUCAUUGCAUCAAAGGGGGUAGCUGCAGUUGUCUUGUAAUUAAUUCUGGGUGGUGUCUCUAAGGAAAGCUAUAUAGAUGGGUUCCCGUUUCCCAUCUCAUCAGCUCAGCAAUGGGCUCUACGUAUCAGGUCGGCCUGAGCAGCCGAAGGAAAGAGGUCCAACUAUGAGUUCUGUGGCAAUGCCAUAUACCGGGGGUGAUAUCAAGAAGUCAGGAGAAUUAGGGAAGAUGUUUGAUAUACCUGUGGAUGGCUCAAAGUCUAGGAAGUCUGGACCAAUAACUGGGGCACCUUCGAGGACGGGAUCGUUUGGAGGCGCUGCUUCACAUUCAGGACCAAUUAUGCCAAAUGCAGCUGCUCGGGCAGCCUACACUACAUCAGGUGCUGCGUCUUCUGGCGCCAUGUCUGGCUCAGCUUCUCUAAAGAAAUCAAAUUCUGGACCCCUUAACAAACAUGGUGAACCUAUAAAGAAGUCAUCUGGUCCUCAAUCUGGUGGAGUGACACCUUCCGGUCGACAGAACUCUGGCCCUAUUCCUCCUGUUCUUCCUGCAACUGGCCUCAUCACAUCUGGGCCUAUUUCUUCAGGACCACUAAAUUCCUCUGGUGCUCCUCGUAAGGUAUCUGGUCCUCUGGAAUCUAUGGGAUCGAUCAAGAUUCCAUCCGGUGUUCACAAUCAGGCCGUCACUAUUCUCAGCCAAGAUGAUGAGUUUUCCUUCAAAAAGAACUUCCCCAAACCAAUAUUUUGGUCGCUGAUUCUACUCUUUGUAAUGGGUUUCAUUGCUGGUGGGUUUAUCCUUGGAGCAGUUCAUAAUCCCAUACUUCUCGUCGUUGUUGUGGUUCUUUUCGGUGCUGUUGCUGCAUUGUUCAUAUGGAAUAAUUGUUUUGGGAGGAAGGCUAUCAUGGGCUACAUUGCCCAGUAUCCAGAUGCUGAGCUACGAAAUGCCAAAAAUGGACAAUUUGUGAAGAUUUCUGGGGUGGUUACCUGUGGCAAUGUUCCUCUUGAGUCCUCGUUCCAAAGGGUUCCUAGAUGUGUGUAUACAUCAACCAGUUUGUACGAGUAUCGAGGAUGGGAUUCGAAAGCUGCCAAUGCUAAACAUCGCCGUUUCACUUGGGGGCUCAGGUCUCUUGAAAGGCGUGCUGUAGACUUCUACAUCUCUGACUUCCAGUCGGGAUUAAGAGCGUUGGUUAAAACAGGGUUUGGAGCAAGAGUGACACCCUAUGUAGAUGACUCUCUUGUCAUUGACAUAAAUGCGGGUUCUGAGGAUUUGUCUCCCGAGUUUUCAAGAUGGUUGGCCGAGAGGAAUUUAUCGAGCGACGAUCGGAUGAUGCGGUUAAAAGAAGGAUACAUCAAAGAAGGAAGCACAGUGAGUGUAAUGGGAGUUGUUCAAAGGAAUGACAAUGUGCUUAUGAUCUUACCACCUCCUGAACCCUUCACGACAGGUUGCCAGUGGGGAAAGUGCAUUUGUCCUGCUAGUCUCGAGGGCAUUGUGUUGAGAUGUGAAGACACCUCCAGGAAUGAUGUCAUACCUGUGUAAUAAUUUGUUGGUUGGUAGACAGACUCAAUGGCAGGCCUUUUCUUCUCCUUUUGUUUUUCCUGCAUAUUUCUUCCAUUAAUAUUGGUGGUGGUGGUGCGGCAGCUGCAAGGCAGGCAGGCAGGCAACAAACAUGCAGCAUUGCUGGUGGUGAUGAUGCUGCUGUACCUAUGAGUGGUGAUGAUGAUUGUAAUGAUUAUUAGGUGGUGGUGUUUCCUUUUUUGUAAUUUUUUGUUUUUAUCCCUGAGAAGUUUUACUCGUGUAUAGUUUGGUCUUGGUGUUUUUUUGUGUUUAAUCUGGUUUCCAUUUUUUCAACUAGGGAUCGAAGAAGGCUUUUGGUUAUGUGGGGUGGAUGUUGAUGAUUAUAUUGUAGGAAUGUUUGAGCAGAGUUGCCCGGUUAUGUUAAAUAGAAAGAAGGAAAAAGAAAGACCAUCUGUGAGCUAUAUACCUCUCUAUCUAUAUUGUAUAUAUCUCUCUGUCUCUGUCUGUCACUCAGUAGUCAACAAAUGAAAUAAAGAAAACAAGAGUUUCUGGAAAAGCAUCUUGCCAGCCAAUAUCAACUCCAUCACGUUUGGUAGGCUGGAAAUUUUGACAAAGUCGAGUAUAAUAUAGAAGCCUACGGAUGACAGUUGGAACUUGCUAUCACUAUUACAUUUGCUCCAAUAUUUUGUUCCAUGUCAAUUAAGAUUAGCAUGGUUGCAGUGCUUGCAUCAAGGUCUGUAUGCACAGUGGCCAAAUUCAUUCUUUGGAUCCAUGAAUGACCUUUGGACGAAAAUGGUUCGAGAGCCUU